ACUCUUUUUUUUGGGAUUUUUUAGUUUGCACGUGGGGACUCACUCGCACACGUGUGUACUAAUCUCCAUUUCUUAGGCAAAAGCAAACCGGAGAACCAAACAAUCACGAAUCGUGUAAUCAAACUCAUCGGAGUCUCUCGAAUUCGUCUUUGAAGAGGAAGAGAAGAGAAGAGGCGAGGGAGAUAUGGAUUGGGACAACGUAGCAGCUGAGGAUGUGAUUGAGGCGCUUAGAGAAGUUGAAUGGUCGACGCCUCCUCGUUCGUUUGGCGAGUUCUUCUCUAGAUUCGCGUUCCCUCGCUCUUUCUCUAAAUGGAAGAGCCGUCUCAAAUGCAAUCUCUACUACUAUAGGACGAAUUACUUUAUCUUGGUGAUUUUCGUUCUGGGUCUUGCGCUUGUUACGAGACCUCUGGCUCUUGUGGGUGCUGCUCUAACAGCUUUAAGUAUAGCUUUCCUUAACGACAGUUUUGCAGCUAGUUUUAAUGAGAAGUUUAUAAGAACGAUUAGGCAUUUCUCCCCACACAUGGCUGCAAAAAUGAGACCUCCCCACAUGCCUGUCAUCCGUGGAAGAUCGACAGCAAGAAAGACAGUAUACGUUUGUGGGAAACCGCGAUGGGUAUUCGUUAUUACUUUCCUUACAGCCAGUCUUGUCAUGUGGUUUUCUUCCUGCGGUUUGUUGUGGGUCCUCUAUGCACUUCUCACUUCCCUUGCUGUGAUCAUUGUUCAUGCAAGCAUAAGAACCCCAAAUCUCAAGGCACGCUUAAACACAUUCCGUGAAGAAUUCCGGGCUGUCUGGCGUAACUACAGUGAACUUUAAGUCACAGGUCGCGCUACACAAUCUAGAAACAAACAAAACAGUCAUCUGACAAGUGAGGGGAUGCUUUCCCUCAACCAUGUUCGCAGUUUAUUCUUAUGAUGGCAGAUGUAGCUCUAUUUUUACAUGGUUAAGAUGGUUAUUGGCAGUUCGAUAGCAGACAGAAUAGAUUCACUUGAAAUAGUGGACAUACUUGACCAAGUUACUUCUAAUUGGUGUAGUGAUGUUUAUACUUUUCUCACUGUCUCACAAUACUCUUUUUUUAUAUAAAUAGAUCCAAACAUAAUUGAAUGG